UUUACCUGCCACAGCCGGUAAUCCCACCCUCUUCAAUUCUACAUCAAUCACCGGCUCCUCCGGUUUCAUCAUCCUUUACCAUCACCGAGCUUCCUCCAGAUAUAUAAAUGCUCCCUCCCAAAUUUGUCUGUGCACUUUUCGAGGGCAGUUAACGCAACCUGAUCGGGAACGUCAUCGUAUCUAUCUCCGACUGAUCUCAUACUCGUAUCUCUAGAUCUCUUUCCGAAGCCUUAAGAAGUCCUGAGGAUGGCGGAUAAUGAGGAGAGAGAAGAAAAUACGCCACGUGGGAAUGAAUGGGAAGUUGUGUCCCUUACUGCAUCUGCAUAUGCUGCUGCUCCUGGUCCAAAAGAAGUUGAAACGAAGGAUGAUAACAAAGGUGAUUCAUACAAAGCGGAGGUAGCAGAAACUUCUCGUGCUUUGUUCGUGUCCAGUCACUUUGUCUUUCCUCCCAAAGAGCAUGAGAAUUUGCCCCUGGAACCUUUGGAACCUGAUAAUAGUAGUGAACAUGUAGGCAAGGACGUGAUUGGUGAAUCAGGUGUAGAAAAAGGUGGUAGAUCUAGGACAAAGGAAGAAGAAGAUUGGAUUUUGAAAGGGUUCAAUGUACAUGAUGAGUUUCCAGGUAUGCAAUUUUUUGAUAAAAAGCAUGGUACAGAGUUUGAAGAAGGCACAACGCUGCCAGGGCUGGGUUUGAUUGACAAAGAUCAGAGUUUGUUUGGAGCUGCUACGUUUAGUUCUUUCCAUAGUGAGGAAGCACUUGGUGGAUCAACCACCUUUGGUGAGGAUGCAACUUUUUCUGAACUUAUUGAAGCUUCUAAUCAAGGCUUAAGUUUUCCUGCAGACAUUCCUCAGUCCCCAAAGCCUUUACAAGAUGAUAAAUAUGAUGGCUCUGACCUCCCUUGUGAAGCUUGGUGGAAGAGAAGAGCAGUUUCUUUGUAUGCUCAUGCAAAAGAGGCAAAUGCAUUCUGGUCCAUUUUUAUUGCAGCGGCUGUGAUGGGCCUUGUGGUUCUGGGGCAGCGGUGGCAACAAGAGAGGUGGCAGGCAUUGCAACUUAAAUGGCAGCUCAGCAUCAGCAAUGAGAAGACUAGUCGGGUGCUGGGUUCCAUUUCUCGCCUUAAAGACAUGAUUGUUGGUGGCCAACGCCGAGGUACUUUUGUCAGGGGCAGCUCCCUUAGUGACAGUUAAAACUUGAGAUGAUGACGAAAAAGCAUAGUGAGAGAGUGAGAUGGAGAUUGGUUUGGGAGUUAAUAUGUUAGUUUGCUGUUUGAUUAACUUGUUUGUCUUGUCUCUUAGGAAACGCUACAUAGCUGAAUGUUGAAAGUUAAUGUUAUUUGUGUUUAUAUU